ACACCAUUCAAAAAUGCGAUACAUGUUUUGACGCCCGUUAAAUAAAAUACACCAUAAAUGAAUAGGACAUGCUCUUCUAAUUGUCGCAAAUAUGAUCGGCAAAUUCAGGAGAUAAACUAGAAUGCUAAGUUGGAAACACUGUGCGUUGUGAAUGUGUGAGUGUGAGUGUGAGUGUGGGUGGGUGAGUGGGUGGAUGUGUGUGUACUACGUGCUGUUGUCAGUGCUACAGAGAGAGGCGUCAAUUUCCGACUAACACGUAGAUCGCGCAUUGUUUUUCCGAAUCGAUGAGCAGAAAAACGCGACAAGUGAGCGUGUCCGCUUCAAGUUGAAAUAAAACUUAUUGAAUUUAGCUGCUUUAUCAAUUAGAAUACAUAAGGUUGCCGCGUAUGUGAGAAAGAGGUUAUGUCUCUCAGCUAUGACUGGAAGCUUAAUAAUAUAUAAUCGUGAUAUAUGGUGAUUGGCUGAUACACAUCAAAUGCAACAAUAAAUAUGAUGAAUAAAGCGGAGGAAGAGUACAUUGAGAAGACGUUCGUCUACAAAUUUCCAACAUGCACCACGAAUCAGGAGUACACGUUGGAAGUGCCGAUAAAAAUACCGUACCAUGGCUCUAUAAAAGAGCUGAUGCACCGUAUAAUGUCGUCGUUCAAGCUACCCUGUUACGUCGAGACGGACUUAUUAGAAUCUCUGCAGCGUAAUAUCAAAGAGCUUACGCUGCAGUUUCACGACGAGAAGGCGGAAAAGCUCAUCGACGCUGCCAAAGCGGGCACGCUGGAUUUAGAGGACAUAAUUAAAAGCUGGGAGAAAAUAUACAAACAGAAGACGGUCGAAUAUUCGGAUCCCAUCGGGACCACCGACGAGGAAUUAUUCGCCGCGGCGUAUCAUAGACUGGUGCACUCACCAUCCUUGGAACCGAUUCUGCAAGCGGAGCACAAAUUCGGACGGGAUGUUACCGAAGUAAUUCAGAUGAGGGACACCGACUAUGAGCAUCUCACGCAAAAACAAACAGAUGAGAUGCGCAUCGCCGUGGAAGCUCUGGAGGCAGGAUCCACAGAGAAGUCAAUAAAUGACAUGGCAGGCCGUCAUUUCGAAGAGCAGAGUUUAUUGCAGGGUUACUGGGGAUCCAGGAUCGACGCUUUGAAGUUGGACCAACGGCGACAGUAUCGAAAUUGGAUCAUGAGACUGUUGGAGGAGCAACAAACCAGCAUGAUACCCACCCCGGUAGGUUCGCCCAUGGCGCCGAUGCCGCCGUUGCGACCCGCUUUGGACAAAUUCGUUCAUAGCGAGGAGAAACACACGACCGAUUACCCGCUGUUAGAAGAAAGCUUCACCAUACACUUAGGCUCUCAGAUGAAACAGAUGCACAACAUACGCAUACUGACCGGCGACGUGCUCGACUUUUGUCGCACGAAGAACAGCGAGUCAGGGAUGGAUCCAACGCCACAAAGACUGCAAACGGCUCUAGGAUUAUACUCGAACGAUCUGUGCGGAUUAGUUCUCUUGAGCGACAAUCACCUGGGCAGUUAUUCGGGUAUUACAAAAGAAUUAUGUUCAAUCUCGCAACUGACGACGGAAUUCCAUUUCCCGCCGAUCGACGAACAGUUAGAGAAGAUUCGGGAGGAUGUGAAGGACGCCGUCGCCUGGAGGCAGGCGCAUCAUAGAGAAGGAAGCGAGCCUCACACGAAGAAAUCCACGACGAGCAAGAGCCUGCAAACGGGCGACGUUUUCAUCACGAGGCAUUCCAAUCUGGCGCAAGUCCACGUGGUGUUCCACAUGGUAGUGAACGAUUCUCUAAGAUCCGGCGAUAUCAAUUCGAGGCAUCCCGCUAUUUUGGGACUGAGAAACAUACUGAAGACGGCGUGUUGCAACGACGUGACCACGCUGACAAUACCCGUGCUACUCGUCCACGAAAUGUCAGAGGACAUGACGGUCGCCUGGUGCACGAAAAGAGCCGAGCUGGUGUUCAAGUGCGUGAAGGGAUUCAUGAUCGAGAUGGCAUCCUGGGGUGGCGCCGAGCUGAAGAAUCUGCAAUUUCUCGUGCCGAAAGGAAUGUCGGAGGAGGUAUUCGGCACGCUGGCCACAAUGUUGCCGAGCAUAUUCCGCGUGUCGAAUCCGUUGGUUUUCAAGGCCACCAGCACACCGCAGACCCCGAAGAAGUGAACGAUCGUGUCUCGCUUUCUCUCUGUCGUUCUCCUCUCUCCUUUACACGCGUUAUCGUCGAGUGUACGUUCGAAAUAAUACUACGGUAUUUAUUACUAUAUAUCUCGCGUACAUGCAGCCAGCGAUUAUCCGUUGGCGGGCGUGAACAAGAUACGAUUCUGUGAAUAAAUGUCUGGCUUUUAAUGAGCCUUUUGUUUAUAUUGCUUUUACACACGGAGUGAUUUCCCGCCGAGAGUACCGGUGGCCGAUAGUAGGGCAAACACUUUUCUUUCGUCGCGCCUACGACGAGAUAAUCGCUCGCCUCGUUUUGCCACAUCGUCCAGUGUUGUUAAUAAAAUAUUUCGACACCUAA